UUGAUACACGCGCGAACGGUAGUCUUCCUUAUAAAGCAAGAAACGGUGAAAGUGUUUAUUUGUCGUAUGCGUGUGUUUAUGAACGAAAACCAGACAAACCGUGUACCACAGGGACAGUACCCGACACGGUUAGAGGGUUAGGCUGUUUCUGAACCGACCGACGGACGUUUGUGGCUGAAGACUUGGCUGGUUUGUCAGCUGAGGGUGUGUUUGUUUCGUCUCCGCUGCACCGGGAGCAGAGCUACAGAGAGUGAGUCAGCAGGGGGGAUAGAGAGCAGCGUGUGCUACCACCAACAGAGGAGUGAGGCUCUGCAGCUACAAGCUAGGACAUGGCGAGUUUGGAGACACGAAAGCGCAAAGCUAAAUUCAACCCAACAGAAUUAGAGGUGUUGGUGGAUGAAUCAAACAAAUACUUACAUGACCUACAACAAAAAAAUCUGACGCUCGCACAGAGGACCGCCAUAUGGGAGAAAAUCUGUCAAAAAGUAAAUGCUGUUGGCAGAACGGUACGAACAGUGGAUGAAGUGAAAAGAAGAUAUCAAGACAUCAGAAGAAGAACAAAAGAAAAAUUGGCUUAUAAUAGACUGUCAGCAAAUCAUACAGGUGAGGGCCAAGUGGAUCCUCUGACCAGGAUUGAGGAGAAGGUGCAGGUGACGUUUUCUGAUGAGCAAGUUGCUGGAAUUGCCGAGUAUGACACACUGGACAUAAAAAUAGAAGAAGAAACUUCAUCAGAAGCUGAACAACCCCCCCCAAACUUCCCCAAAGUAGACCCCACCCCUUCAGCGCUUCAAAACGGCCCAGAGGACAUUAAUCUGCAGUUGCUGCGGGAACAAAACAAACAGGCCGCAGCCCUUCAGUUAAUUGCACGGGAGAUGCGAGCGUCGGCGUCGUUGGCACGGGCGGUCAGGCGCGACACACAGGCCAUUGCCACGCACUGCAGACAGAUGGUCAGCGCAGUAUCCGCCCUGACGAUGGCCGUCAAUGCUGUGGCAAAAGAACUACAGACAAUGACUGCUCUCCAUUCAGGUGCAGAAGCGGGCCGGCCAAGUUCUGCAGCGACAGAUAGGCAGUCGGAGACCGAAGAGGAUGGAGAGGUGCAUACAGUGGAAGACUUCCACCUGCGCAAAAGGAAACGACCAGUAGUUGUUUUAAAGAAAAUAGAACAAUAAAACACACACUUGUCACAUUUUCAGUUUUCUUACAUUGGUUGUGAAUUUUUUUUUUUUUUUUUUUUUUUUUUGGUGUGUAAAAUAGCCUGUUCGAUAAAGAGCGGUAUUUUUGUCACAUAAAUGUUAGACUAUAGUCUCAUAUUUUGUGACUGAAGCAAUGUGUCUUUGAUGUGAUUUUGCGAGGCGUAACAUAAUUGGACACUUUAUGAGACUGAAUAUUUCAUUCGAUAACAUGCUCAUAUGACUUUAGAAGGUGAUUUCAAUCAUCUUUUUUUAAAUAAAUGUUGAUUUUUUUAACUUUGCAAUGCUCUGCAGUUCACUGGGUCACACUAGCUAGAGGAACGGUCUUGCACUCAUAUUCUAAUCUACGACAUAUGUUUAAUCAAGGUGUUUUUCUGCAUUACAUAUUAUUAAAUGACAAUAGAAAAAUAAAUGCAUACCACAAACAGCUCAUAAGAAGUGGCUUCGAAUGAGACUGCUGCGUGUCUGCAUCCCCACAGCAUUGGGUUGUUGCUCCAUCUGGCGCCACAUGGCAUUUAGGACUUCAGACAGUACAUCUGAAAGGGAGACCCCAGCUGUA